AUGUACCUCAAGACGUGCUCAACAGGCAGCACGCCAGGCCUAUGGCCGAUGCCGUUUCAAUCCGAGGAAGAACGGAUACGUGAAGUGUUGCGAGAAUUGAAAUCAAGAAAAGAAGCUGGUGACGUCAAAGAAGAUAUCGAGAGAAUCGAGAGAAUCCUCAGAGAUCCACUCUUUAAACAACUAUCACAUCGGCCAACAUCUUCUUCUUCUCAGGAAGUUUUCAAAUCAGAUAAUCGUAGGAAUAGCGGUGCCGAGAAACGAGUCGUUGAACUCAGCAAACGGAUUGAAAGUAGUGAUAUUAGGAAGAAUCUUAAACCGAAUCAAAAACUCCUUUUCGUCUAUUUGGAUGCGAAGAAAGUGGAUCCAGUGAUUUUAGAAACAAAAGAAAAAUCAUCUCGCCUGCUGGUUGUCGGUCCAAAAGACGUCAAGAAUCGAUCAGCUGGCAAACUUCGGAUUGGAGAUUGCAUCGUUGCCAUCGAUGCGUCUGGUGAUUUCUCAUCUACACCAUCGACUGUCUCCGACACGAACGGAGCUCCGACGAAGUCUCACUUCACACAUAUCAGUCAGACGAUAGUAAAAACUCAAUUCGAAAGUGCCGUUCGUCAUUCAAUCAAUUCAAAUCAACACCUUGUCAUCGGUGUUAUUCGAGAAGCAACUCCCAUGGUGUUAUCUGGCGAUUGGACACAAGUUGAAGUAAUCCAUCUGAAUACAGAAACUGGAGGUCUUGGAUUCGGAAUUGUCGGUGGAACGAGUACUGGAGUCGUCGUCAAAACUAUAUUACCUGGCAGUCCAGCUGAUAAAGAUGGACGCCUUCAGCCCGGGGAUCACAUUUUGCAAAUAGGCAAUAUUAACACACACGGGAUGAGCAGUCAACAGGUUGCUACAAUUCUUCGACAUCAACAUCCUACUGUAGAUAUGAUUGUGGGACGACCAAUAGCAUAUGCAGACAAACCAGUCGACACUCCAGAGUGCUUCACAUUGGCCACGAAAGCGGCUCUUUGUGCCACAACGCUCGAAGAGGCUCUGCAGCGACAAAUGGCAACUUCGGCACCCUCAACAGCUGCAAAUCAGACUCCGAAUACAGUUUCACCAUCGAUAAGUUGUAUUCCGAUUGAAGAGGAAAAAGAAGAGCCAGAGCCAACAACAUCAAAAGAGCAACCCAUCAAAAUUACAACUUAUAUUCCAGAUACGAUAGAUUUGAGGAAACCAUGUGACUGUGCACCGAAUUAUAAUCGGAGAGAUAAACGGAAAAGUAGUUGCGAUGACGUGGGAGAUGGUGGUGGAGACUGUAAAAAGACGAAAGAAGACGAUGAAAUAAAAGAAAAUGGAGAAGAACAAGAAACGAAAGAAAAUGAUUGUAAAGAAGAUGAACUAGGAGAAAUGGUACGAUCACCGACAGUGGAGACGGGCCAAUCAGACGAAAACUCAAUAGUAAAUAGUGUUAGUCGUAGUAGUAAACGGAAUAGCAAUUCGAUCACUUCACGCAUUUCACUCAAAUCACUUCAGGAAAUGGCGCUCACAGUAUUUCUACGGGAGAAUUGGGAAUCUACCAAAUUCGAGUUAAUCGAUGUGGCGCUCCAUCGUGAUCCGGCUCUUGGUUUAGGAAUUACUGUAGCUGGAUAUGUCCAUAAAAAAGAAGAAAUCGGUGGCAUUUUUGUCAAGUCGUUGGUUCCACGCUCGGCUGCUUCAUCCAGUGGAGUCAUCAAAGUUCACGACCUGAUACUUGAGGUCAACGGAACAACUCUGGAACACAUGUCUCAUGCAGACAGUGUGCGAACUCUCGUGAAAUCAGGAGACCAAGUGAAACUGAAAUUAGUUCGAUUUCCACAAAACUCUCCACAAGCACAAUGUCUGAAAAUGUUACAACAACAGGAGACAGAAACUCAAGUGAUUGAUGUGAAACUAUCAAAUCCAGACUUGGUAAAAGAAUGGAAAACUCGAAUAGGAGACGAUAUUGAGAUAGUAGCUGCUGUAGUAAAACCAGAUAGACAAUCAGUUGAUGGAGGACUUGGAAUCUCUCUAGAAGGCACAGUAGACGUAUUGAAUGGUGCUCAAUUGUGUCCACAUCAUUAUAUCGAAUCGAUUCGACAAGAUGGACCAGUUGCGAAGACUGGAUUAUUACAUGCUGGUGAUGAGUUACUUCAAGUUAAUCAUUCGCCACUAUAUGGAGAAUCACAUGUCACUGUGAGGCAGGCUUUGACGAGAGCUGUUCAUUCUGGAGCUCCGGUUACGUUGAUUGUUGCACGAAGAUCCCAAAACCUUCACGUCUUCGAACCAACAGGAAACGAAAAACAACUUCCAUUAUCAUUUCCAUUUCUUGCUGCCAAUCAAGAAACAGUUGUAAAAGCAAAAUCAGAUCUCGACUUAACAUCAACACGUGCUGAAACAACUCAUCUUCUACAUCGAGUUUCCAGAAGAUUACGAUCGAAAUCACUGGAAAAUUUCCAUGGAUUGGCAGUUUGGAAUUGUGUCCCUCUGGUUAUUUAUUUAUGUAAAGACUCUAGAGGAUUAGGAUUUUCAAUUGUGGAUUAUAAGGAUCCAACACAUCAAGAUGAAAGUGUCAUCGUAGUUCAAUCCCUUGUUCCUGGAGGUGUUGCCCAGGCCGAUGGACGAAUUGUUCCUGGUGAUCGUUUGCUUUUUGUAAACAAUCAUGAUCUGUCGAAUAGCAGUCUCGAAAGAGCCGUUGCCGUCUUGAAAGCUGCUCGAAUGGGUCCUGUCCGUCUAGGUAUCGCAAAACCAAUUCCAGUUGAUCAGUCACAAUUCACUUCACACUCGCCACUUUGCUCCAGAAGCGAACGAUUGCUGGCGCGAGGAAGAAGCCCUCGCGGACGGAGGAGAUAUAUAUCCGGAACAACAUCAAGUCAAGAAACUGUUUGGAUUGGAACAGCUGAACAAUAUCGAAAACUUCAUCCACAAGGCUAUUAUCCAUCAAGAAGUCCGUCGGCAGCACGAAGUGAACGAAGUAUCGACGGCUCGGAAUUCUCAAUGACAUCUUGGUCUCCGUGUUCAACAAGAUCAGUCUCUCCAUGUGGAUCACCAAUUUCUUUGAGAGGAUCAUGGGCGUACGAUGUCGUCUUUCUACCAACUCAUCUUGAAAGAACAGUGAAACUUCAAAAAGGAGCACUACCACUAGGAAUCGUUUUAGAUGGUGAUAAAGAUAAGGGUGUCAACGGGUGUGUUGUGAAAAGUAUAUGUGGAAAGAAAGCGGUCGCAUUGGAUGGAAGAAUUCAGGUCGGAGACUUCAUAACGAAGAUCAAUACAGAAUCAUUGAGAAAUGUGACAAAUUCACAAGCACGGGCAAUUCUGAAGCGGACCAAUCUAGUGGGAACCUUUUGCAAUGUCACAUACAUCACAUCAGCGGAUGCGAAAACUUGGAAAGAGAGGUUUCAACGGCCUUCUGAGUCGUCCUCUCCGAUUAUUAAUCGACUUUCGCCAAAAGUUUUUCCCAAAUUCUAUCGGAGUCCGUUUAUGCAGAGACAAGAGAGUCAAUCGAAGACUGAAAUGACUGAUGAUGAGACUGAAGCUCCAUCGAUUAUGACUGAUUCAAUGUCAGAGAUUGGACAACUGAAAAAUAUUGAUCUGGCGGAAAGCAGUGGCUCGAAGAGCAUAGACGCCGAAAAAGAAGUUCGAAAUCGUAUGAGUCGUUUAAUUGAUGGAGUGGAAGUUGAUGAUUUUGUCAACUUGAUCAUAAAAGAGGCCAUUGCCGAUGCGACCAUCGAACUGAGUGUGUUGCACAAAACAAAGGAUUGGAGCAGCACAAGGAACCACAAGAGAGAAGAACGAUCAGAAUCUCCACCUUUCCCACUUCCACCGCCAGAAGUUCUCUCUUCUCCGCCGAAAAGUCCGAUUGCAACAGUACAGCCGAUUCCUCGAGAACCUGAAUCUAUUCUCACUCGAUCAACGAAUUCAGCAGAGUAUCACACCGGACAACGAACAUCUCAACUUCAUAUUCUAUCAACUGAAGAAGAGGUUCGACAGGCAACAGAACAGAAUACGUCAUCUCCAUCUUCUCCUGAAAACAAAUCCCAAGUGCCGCCAUCGAUUUCUCCAAGUGGCAUCAAAUUAGCAGGUGAAGAAGAAGCAGAAGAAGAAAAAAAAGUUGUAACAACAGAAAAUCCAUCUGAGAAGAAAGAAGAAAAAGUAGAAGCGGAGGUGGUGAAAGAAGACGUAGAAGAUGUGGCAGGACCAACGACGUCGACUCCAACAGAAGCAAUAGGAAAAGACAACGAAUCUACAACAACUUCAAUUAGUCAGCAGUCGGUUGCUCUACAGACAACACAGGCACUCAACAACGCAAGUGAACCGAAUAGUAGUAUGUCUCGUGUCACCUCAAGAACACCUUCUACUGGUUCGGAGAGUCUUCAGAAUCAGGCACGGCAAUUGGUACGAUCCAAAUAUUGGGGAGAAGCGAGGACUGUCGUAUUGAAUCGAGAGCCGAACAAGUCUUUUGGAAUUUCGAUUGUUGGCGGCCGGGUGGAAGUAUCACAGAAAGGAGGAUUACCUGGAACUGGAAAUACUGUCUGUGGAAUUUUUAUCAAGAGUGUUCUGGCUAACAGUCCAGCUGGAAGAAGUGGACAGAUGAAUAUGGGAGAUCGGGUUAUUAGUGUCAACGAUGUGGAUCUGAGAGAUGCGACUCACGAACAAGCUGUGAGUGCCAUCAAAAACGCUUCAAAUCCAGUUCGAUUCGUUCUUCAAUCUCUUCAUACUAAUCAACAAAAUAUGAUUAACUCCGCAUCGAAUUCAACUGUUGGAUCUGUUCGUUUCGAGAAUGCGAAACCAGAAGAGGUCAUCGAACAGCCAUCAACUUCUUUGGUAACUCCACUGAAACCAAUGGUGUCUGGACCACCUUCAAGACAAGUCACCAGUUUUCCACCUCCUUCAAUUUCAACAUCCACAACUACUUCGAUUGAAUCAGAAAGUAAAGAAGAAGAAUGCUCAUCUCCAGAAAUUCAAAGAGAGAAUACUGUGAAGAGGAAGAGUACAGAUCAAGCUGCUGUAGAGAAGGUUGAAGAUAAAAUAGAAGUUGAAGAAAAGAAAGAAGAAAAGAAGGAAGAAGAAGGACCAAUAAAAGAAAAAACACCUCCACCUCGAAAGAUCUCAACAAAAGAGAAAAGUGUAGAAAGAGAACGACAAAUGUCAGUGGAAAGCAAGAAAAGUGUGAAAAGUGUCAAGAAGAAGGAUUCCAUCAAAAAAUCGCCUUCGAACGAGACUGCUCCACUGAUCGUAUCAGAUGUUAGUAGUUCUGAAACCCACGAUGAUGAACCACAGACAAUGUCUCCGUCGACAUCUUUCGAUACGAUGGGAAAACUUGCGGAAACGAUGAAAUCGAUGGGAAUCGAUGAGGAUUCUGCUGCAUUUCAAAUCAAAAGUGAAGGAGAAGAACUAUCGAAAUUCUUCUACACUUCUGGAAAAAUCGAAAGAAAAUACGAUUCUGAAGGAGGUGAACUUGUACUUGUGGCUUGUGAAAGACCUGAUGGAGGUCUCGGAAUCUCGCUAGCUGGAAAUAAAGACCGAGAAAAGCAAAACGUCUUCGUGGUCAAUGUCCGCCCAUCUUGCCCAUUAGCCAUCCGUCCCGGUGACGAACUUCUGGAAAUCAACGGACGUCUUCUCAACAAAAUUUCGCACGUUGCAGCAUCUGCAGUGGUCAGAGAAUGCUGUGAUCAACAUCAAAACAUUGAAAUAGUGUUGAGAAGAAGAAAUGGUGCAUUGAAUGAAUGCGCGGUACGAAGUGACACCGUCACAAGCAGUCAAUCUCUUCCAUCACCUCCGGUCUCACCAACUGCAACUGUGGCUUCCGAAUCGUCGAAGUCAACAACACAAAUGCCACCUACAGAAGGCAUUGAGAAUGCGGCUCCAAAUCAAGAAGAAUUAAGCCGGAAGAAGUCAUUUUCAAUAGAACGGACACAAGCAAUUGAAAAUGGCAGAGAAACAAUGAUUGAAAUAGAUAAAGAUGGCAAAGGACUGGGUCUUUCAAUUGUUGGUGGAGCAGAUACAGUACUUGGUACAGUAGUUAUUCAUGAAGUGUAUUCUGAUGGAGCAGCUGCACAUGAUGGACGACUGAAACCUGGAGAUCAAGUACUUGAAGUGAAUGGAACAUCAUUACGAGGUGUCACACAUGAUCAGUCAAUUGCAUAUUUAAGAAGAACGCCUCCGAAAGUUCGAUUAUUAAUAUAUCGAGAUGUGAAUCUACAGUUAUCGUUACUUGAUCCAACACAAAUUUAUAAUAUAUUUGAAAUCGAUUUGGUGAAAAAAACUGGAAGAGGACUUGGUAUAUCAAUAGUUGGAAGAAAAAAUGAACCGGGUGUUUAUGUGAGUGAAAUAGUGAAAGGAGGACUGGCAGAAUCAGAUGGAAGACUGAUGACUGGAGAUCAAAUAUUGGAAGUAAAUGGAAAAGAUGUUAGAGGUUGUAUGCAAGAAGAUGUUGCUGCAAUGCUCAAGACAAUCACUGGAAAAGUUCAUUUGAAGCUCGGCCGAUGGAAGAUCACAGAAACAGCGAAUCGAGUGCACGCAGCAACUCAAGCGUUGGCAAAAUCGGCGACGACUCCAAGGGUUGGUAGAAAGACAAAUGAGAAUAAUAUUGACCCCGCUAGACCAGUGGCUCUCCCGACAAACACCCCGUCUCCACUUGCCACAACACCAAGUACGUCUUCUGCAACGCCAGCGACAGCUACGUCAUCAACUACAGUACCCGAACCGAAUGUGACAGUUGAUACGACGCCAACACCGACUUCUGCAAGGGAGGAGAGGAAAGAUGUGCCACCUCCAGCUCCUCCAAUGAGACCUAUUAUCACUCAUACGUCGCCAGAAGGCUGUGAAAUUCAACAAGAACCGGCUGGAUUGUCUCCAGUUACAGAAGAGCCGUCUUCUGGAAAUGAUUUUAUGAGUGUCCAAGAGGAGGAACGAGAAAGGCCUUCUCCUGUGGCUUCCAGCAGUAAUAACAAUAAUUCUCUUGCAAUUGAUAUCAUCCAUGACCUGAAAGAAGAAGGAAGUGACACGUUGCUUGUUGAACUCAAAAAGAUCAUCGAUCAACAACUGGGAAUGGGAAUCGGAAAAAGAACACGUGGAAUUCUCGUCACUUCCUUACAACCGGGAUCUGCUGCAGCAGAGAAAUUGAAAGUUGGGGAUCGAAUUUUGGCGGUGAAUGCGUUACCAGUGACCGAUCAGCUAUCCGCGGUCACAUUUGUAAAAGCUUCCGGUGAACGACUCUACCUUCAAAUCGCUCGUCCCCACAGCAUUCCUCAACAAUAA